AUGUCCGGCUCCCUCGGCCAGCCCGACGGCAGCGGGGGCGCGGGCGGCAGCGGGCCCGGGGCGGCGGCCGGCGGGGACCCCAGCCCAGGUGCUCAGCCGCCGCCCGCGCCCGAGGCCGCCGAGGAGGCCGCUCCCGCGCCCCGGCCGCCGCCCGAGCCCGACGACGCGGCCGCCGCGCUGCGCCUCGCGCUCCACCAGCUCUCCGCGCUGGGGCUGGGCGGCGCGGGCGGCCCGGACGAGGAGGGCGCCGCCGCGGGCAGCGGGGACGGCGUGGCGGCGGCCGCGCGGGGCGCGGACGGCGGGGCCGCGGCGGAGCCGACGCCCCCCGACGGGCCCGAGGCGGGCGCGCCCGCGGUGGCCGUGACCCCGGGCCCGCUGCCGCUGCUGGAGCCCGACGUGAGCCCCCCGCCGCCGCGGCCGUCGCCGCCCGAUGUGUUCGCGAGCUUCGCGGCCCACCCCGCCGCGCUGGGCCCCCCGACGCUGCUGGCCGAGCAGAUGAGCGUGAUUGGCAGCCGCAAGAAGAGCGUGAACAUGACCGAGUGCGUGCCGGUCCCCAGCUCCGAGCACGUCGCCGAGAUCGUGGGUCGCCAGGGGUGCAAGAUCAAGGCCCUGCGAGCCAAGACCAACACGUACAUCAAGACGCCGGUGCGCGGGGAGGAGCCGGUCUUCAUCGUCACGGGCCGCCAGGAGGACGUGGAGAUGGCCAAGCGGGAGAUCCUGUCGGCGGCGGAGCACUUCUCGGUGAUCCGCGCCACGCGCAGCAAGGCGGGCGGGCUGCCGGGCUCCGCGCAGGGCCCGCCCAACCUGCCGGGCCAGACCACCAUCCAGGUGCGCGUGCCCUACCGCGUGGUGGGGCUGGUGGUGGGGCCCAAGGGCGCCACCAUCAAGCGCAUCCAGCAGCGGACGCACACGUACAUCGUGACGCCGGGGCGCGACAAGGAGCCGGUGUUCGCCGUCACGGGGAUGCCCGAGAACGUGGACCGCGCGCGCGAGGAGAUCGAGGCGCACAUCACGCUGCGCACCGGCGCCUUCACGGACGCGGGGCCCGACAGCGACUUCCACGCCAACGGCACGGACGUGUGCCUGGACCUGCUGGGCGCCGCCGCCGGCCUCUGGGCCAAGGCGCCCAACCCCGCGCGCCGGCCCGCGCUGCCCGCCGCCAGCCUCCGCGGGGACGGCGCCCUGGGCGCUCCCGGGGGCCCCGAGGCCGCCUUCUACCCCGGCAGCCGCGGGGGCGCGCCGGUGCCGGACCCGGGCCCCGCCAGCCCCUACGGCGGCUCCGGCAGUAACGGCGGCUUCACCUUCGGCGGGGACGGCCCCGGAGCCCCGCCCGGGCCCCCUGCGCCCGAGGACUGCGACUUCGGCUUCGACUUCCUGGCGCUGGACCUGACGGUGCCCGCGGCCGCCACCAUCUGGGCUCCCUUCGAGCGCGCCGCCCCGGUGCCCGCCUUCGUGAACGGGGCGCCCGCAGCGCCGGCCCCCGGGGCGCGCCGCAGCAGCGGGGCUGGCACCCCGCGCCACUCGCCCACGCUGCCCGAGCCCGGCGGCCUGGGCCUGGAGCUGCCGCUGGCCCGCCGCGGGCCCCCCGACCCGGUGGGCGCGCUGCCCUGGCGGCCCCCGCCGGCCGCCCUGGCGCCUUUCUCCGGUGGCGGCGGCGGCGGCAGCUUCUCCGCCGCCUCCUCGCUGCCCGGCAGCUCCUCCGCCGCUGCCGCCACCGCCGCCUGCGCCGCCCUGGACUCCAGCGCCUCCGACGGCGGCCGCAAGCCCGCAGCAGCCACAGCAGCCCCCGCGCCCGGCGUGCCCGCUGCCCCCGCCCCCGCCGCGCCCGGCCCCGCCCUGGUGCGCGAGUGCGUGGUGUGCGCGGAGGGCGAGGUGAUGGCCGCGCUGGUGCCCUGCGGCCACAACCUCUUCUGCAUGGACUGCGCCGUGCGCAUCUGCGGCAAGAGCGAGCCCGAGUGCCCCGCCUGCCGCACGCCCGCCACCCAGGCCAUUCAUAUCUUUUCCUAA